GAUAACAUUUUCGUUUCUUUUUUUGUUACCUGCGGAACAGACCGAAGAGGAAGCUUCCAACUCUCAGCUAUGGCGUCGGCCGGCGGCAGCCUGCUGGUCCUCCCGGCCGUCCUCCACCUCCGCCGGUCAGACGCCGACUUCACCGCCGCGCUGCGCGAGCGGUUCCGCGUCCUCGACUUCUUCGCCUCCGGCCAGCCCCUCCCGGCGUUCCUCGCCGCGGCCGCGGCCGCGCCGGAGCCCCCGCGCGCCGCGGUCGUCGUGGGCGGCGGCUCCGUGCGCGUGGACGCCUCGUUCCUCGACGCCGUCCCGUCCCUCCGCUGCGUCGUCAGCACGGGGGCCGGCGUCGACCACAUCGACCUCGACGAGUGCGCGCGCCGCGGCGUCGCCGUCGCCAACUCCGGGGAGGUCUACUCCACCGACGUCGCCGACUACGCCGUCGGCUUGCUGCUCGACGUGCUCCGGCGCGUGUCGGCGGCGGAGCGGUACGUCCGGCGCGGGUCCUGGCCGGCGCAGGGCGACUAUCCCCUCGGAUCCAAGCUUGGUGGCAAGCGUGUUGGCAUCAUCGGCUUGGGGAACAUCGGCUCACGGAUUGCAAAGAGGCUUGAAGCUUUCGGCUGCAUCAUCCACUACAACUCGAGGAAACCAAAGGAUUCAAUAUCUUACAAGUACUUCGGAAAUGUUCACGAUCUUGCUGCUGAAUCCGACGUGCUCAUUGUCGCAUGUGCACUAAACAAGGCGACGCGGCACAUCGUGAACAAGGAUGUGCUGGAGGCCCUAGGAAAGGGCGGUGUGGUCAUCAACAUCGGCCGAGGAGCAAACAUCGACGAGGCGGAACUGGUCAUUGCACUCAGGGAGGGAAAGAUUGCAGGCGCGGGCUUUGACGUCUUCGAGCACGAGCCCAAGGUGCCAGCAGAGCUGUUCUCCAUGGACAAUGUGGUCCUGUCACAUCACGUGGCGGUGUUUACGGAGGAGUCCAGGUCGGACCUGCGCGCACACACCGUGGGCAACCUUGAAGCCUUCUUCUCCGGUCAGCCGUUGCUCACUCCAGUGGAUGCUGAUUCUCUAGUGCAGUGAACGCAGAUCACUCAUAUCAGAUAUAUUCAAAGUGAUGUAGUACAGAUUGCCACAAGUCCCUGUAUAAACAAAACACGUAAAUCAGGGAGAAGAUAUUCCAUGGAAAAGUACAAAUGAUUCAGCACCA